GGGUUGAGGGGCAGAGGGGUCCACAGGCAGCAGCAUCUCCAAAGAGCAGAGGCACAGGGCCUGGGAGUCACUGGUGUGGGGAAACUGAGGCCCAGCCGGCAGUGUGCAGCCUGACGCCCGGGGUGAGGGGCAGAUGGUGGUGACGUAGGGUGAGGCUUUGGUGAUUCUAGAGGGAGGAAGCCAGGCUCGUAAGCUCUUUUGCCCCUUCAAACUGGGCCUCAAGACUAAGGUCUGAGGGAGUUAGAAGUGGGGUGAGGGCAGGCGGGGGCUCUGGGGAGAGGCACUGAGGGCGGUGGCCCUCUUCCCAGGCCCAGAUUUGAAUUUGGUUAAAUUGACUGUGCGCCAGGUUCAGCACUGGAAGUCCGGCCAUCCCGUUUGAGCCGAGUGAGGCCUGCCUGAGGGAGGAGGGCAGCCAGCUUCUGGGGAGAGGGUUCCGGGGAAUGUGGCUCCGGCAGGGAUGGUGAGGGUCUUCACCGCCUGUCAUUCCCUGUGUGGGUGACUGGGGCAGGGCCUGCCUCUGGCCCACUCAGGUGACCCCAGGUUCUAUUGGUUCCCUCUCCUACGGUCUUGGGGUGCCCGGAAGUCCUCCCUGACAUCUGACCUCAUGGAAGAGCCUUGGUGGUCUGCCCUGGCUCUCUAGCCUUGGCUUUGAGCCCCGCCACCCCCAGCAGCUCUGGGAACCCCAGACUUCACAGCUGGGGUGGGAGCAGGAUAAAGUUGGGGCUCAUCCCUUCUCUCCCAGACAGAUCAUGUUGUCCCCACUCUCCAAGCGAGGGGCCACCUUCAGGUGAGAGGCCACCCACUUGCUAGGCAGGAAGUCCUUCCGGCAGUCUAGCCUCAGCCUGGGAGCUCCAGCCCACAUGGAAAGUCUGACUCCCUCCCUGUCCCCGUGUGUGGGCCUCUCCAGAGCCUGGGCCACCCGCACGCCUGCCGCCCCGGGCCAGGCUCGCCCUCCCCUGCCCGUGGCCGCCGCUGGAAGCUCGGCACUGAGACAGGCCCGGUGCAGACACCAACAUCUUGGCAGCACCUAAGUCAUUAGCGCCGCGGAGAUUAGGCUGGUAAUCUCGUUGUCGGGAGGUGGGUGCCAGCUGCCAGGAUGGGGGCUGGCGCCCUCCCUCGCAGGGUGGCCCCCCAGGGCAUGGCCCUGAUGGAGGGGCACCCCACCACACAGAUCUGGGGGCCCCUCGGGGUGGCUUUUCCCAAGCCCUGGGGCAUGAGUGGGAGUGGUCACCCCACCCUCUGUGUCUUCCUCCCCCUCGGCACCAGCUUGACUGAUGUGACUGUCUCUCCAUACCCCCUCAAAGACCAUGGGGGGCGGGAAUUACCCCCACUUUACAAAUGGGGAAACUGAUGCUCGUGUAUUAACUUCCUGCAAGGCUUGGAAACAAAUCUCCCUCAGGUCAGUGCCUGUGUCUGCUCCCCUCAGAUACGGGGACCCCCUCCAGGCCAGGGCUGUGUCUCCUCCCACAGUCCUGGACUCAUCCCAAGAUGGCUGGGGGUCCCUGCUGUCAGAGACUGAUUUUUCUCCCCUCGGCUGAGGGUGGGGGGGUGCUCCCUCAGGGCCACGUUGUACUUGGGGGAGGGUGUCGAAUCUCUCCGCCUUCUCCCUGGGGCCCAGGAGUGCUGGGUGGGGGGCGAAAGCAGCCCCCGGGCUCUAGGCCUGUGGAGGCUUGUUCCAGGCCCUUCCUGACUCCUGGGGCUGGGUUCCCCAGACUCCCCCCAAGAGUGAGCUCAGCGGCCUAAUUGCGGCCAAGGAUGGAGGAUCACCCCACCCUAGGGCUGUGGCUCCAACACCACCUUUGUUUCUGAACAGACAAUGGGCAGCUAAGAGGCCACCAGGCCCAGGCCAGGCUCGGGCAUGGGAGGGGACCUGGGGGAUGCACUCAGUGUGUCCAGCCUGAGCCCCAGGCCCUGGGCGCUGGAACAGAAGCAAAUUACACAGCUGGAGUUUUGGCUCUGACUUCAAGGGCCAGGGGCCCAGCCCCCCUUUAGCCCAGUUAUAAAGGGCUGCCCGGGGUCUCUGUCCAGACUGGACCCUGCUCCUGACUUGUGCACACCAUGGCUGCCACCACCACCACCAUCCGUCAGUUCUCAACCUCCGGCUCCCUCAAGGGCCUGUGUAUGCCCAGCGGGGGUUUCUCUCGGGUGUCCUCAGUCCAUGUCGGGGGUGCCUGCAGGGCGCCCAGCUUCCUGGGAACUGGCAGCCUUGGCAACACGUCGGUCACCUCGUCCCGCUUCUCGGCAGGCUUGGGAGGCGGCUACAGUGGGGGCUACACCUGCAACCUGGGCGGGGGCUUCGGCUCCAGCUUUGGCGUGGGGGAUGCCCUGCUGGGGGGCGGCGAGAAGGAGACCAUGCAGAACCUCAACGACCGCCUGGCCUCCUACCUGGAGAAGGUGCGCGCCCUGGAGGAGGCCAACACCGACCUGGAGGUGAAGAUCCGAGACUGGUACAAGAAGCAGGGGCCCAGCCCCGCCCGCGACUACAGCCACUACUUCAAGAUCAUCGAGGAGCUGCGAAGCAAGAUCCUGGCAGCCACCAUGGACAAUGCCAGCUUCGUGCUGCAGAUUGACAAUGCCCGCCUGGCAGCCGACGACUUCCGCACCAAGUACGAGACGGAGCUGACCCUGCGCAUGAACGUGGAGGCCGACAUCAACGGCCUGCGCAGGGUGCUGGACGAGCUGACCCUGGCCAGAGCCGACCUGGAGAUGCAGAUCGAGAACCUCAAGGAGGAGCUGGCCUACAUGAGGAAGAACCACGAGGAGGAAAUGAACGCCCUUCGAGGCCAGGUGGGUGGGGACGUCAGCGUGGAGAUGGACGCGGCUCCUGGCGUGGACCUGAGCCGCAUCCUGAACGAGAUGCGCGACCAGUACGAGAAGAUGGCGGAGAAGAACCGCAAAGACGCGGAGGACUGGUUCUUCAGCAAGACGGAGGAGCUGAACCGGGAGGUGGCCACCAGCACCGAGGCCCUGCAGAGCAGCAGGACGGAGAUCACGGAGCUCCGCCGCUCCGUGCAGAACCUGGAGAUCGAGCUGCAAUCCCAGCUCAGCAUGAAAUCAUCGCUGGAGGGCAGCCUGGCAGAGACUGAGGCCCGCUAUGGGACCCAGCUGGCCCAGCUGCAGGGGCUCAUCAGCAGCAUUGAGCAGCAGCUGUGCGAGCUGCGCUGUGACAUGGAACGCCAGAACCAUGAGUACAAGGUGCUGCUGGACGUGAAGACACGGCUGGAGCAGGAGAUUACCACCUACCGCCGGCUGCUGGAGGGAGAGGACGCCCACCUGGCCACCCAUUACUCCUCGUCCCUGGCCUCACAGCCCACCCGGGAAGCCUCGGUCACCAGCCGCCAGGUGCGCACCAUCGUGGAGGAAGUCCAGGAUGGCAAGGUGGUCUCCACCCGCGAGCAGGUCCACCGCUCCACCCACUGAAGCCCCUUUUCACCUGCAACACCCCAGCCUUGAAGGUCAAGGGGCAGCCAUCGCCUCCAGCUCCCAGUGUGCUACUGCUGUGCCCCAACUACCGGUCUGGGCCCCCACCCAAGAGCUGUUGCCUUUCUGUACCUGCUUCCUGCAGCCCCUCACCCAGGGGGCCUCCUGGGUUUGCCCCAGUGACUGCUAUUAAAGCUUUGC